AUGGACAAUAAAAGAGUGCCAAGGCAUGGAAUAAGCGCAAUUUACGUCGACCAGGCGCGGGAAGCCUUUGCACAAACAGUACGGGCUCGAGACCCACGAAGUCCUGCUGCCACAAUGAACAAACCUCAGGUUGCAGUAGGUCAUGACAUAGCCACCAUUCCUAGGCCAAACCGUCACAGGUGCAAAAAUCCUAACAAUCCAGCAUGUCCACAUUGCUCAGCGGUCAUCAUUCCGGCUCCAAAGGCUACGCUACCGUUGGAAGAUACACCCUCAAUAUCAAUCGAAGACUGGACAAUAAGCACCAGAAAGAAGCCAAUUUUGAACUCAAAGGAACUUGAUGAGUGGGAAACUAUCUUGGGUGGGCUGACACUGCCUGAAAUGAUAUUUGGUAACAGUUUUGUGAGGAUCGAAAACGAGAAAAAGGGAUGGUGCCUGGAAUUCAAUGCACUGGAUGCAUUGAAGGCAGUCAAAGUUGAAGAUUCCGGGAUUAGAGUUUCAUACGCUCAUAAAUGGAUCAAGUCAAAGAAAGAGCAGCAGCGUACGUCCGAGCUGGACGACAAUUCUUUAGAGAUUGGGCAACACUACGAUUGGACUUAUACCACUAACUACAAAGGCUCACUUGCAAGCGAUAACCCACCUUUCACGCGAGACGACUCGAUCGAACUACCGCUUGACAAGCUGACCCGUCCUGACCCAAUUCUCUUCUACGAUGACAUGAUUUUGUUUGAAGAUGAGCUGGCAGAUAAUGGAAUCAGUGUCGUGAACGUCAAGGUGCGUGUUAUGAAUGAAAGGGCACUUAUAUUGAGUCGCUUCUUCCUCAGAGUCGACGGUGUUCUAUUUCGGGUAUAUGACACAAGAGUUUACGUUGAAUUUGAUGAGAACAGGGUUGUAAGGGAAUACAAAGAACAUGAGAACGAUUAUAAUGCUGUUCUGACCAAACAAAACUCUGGUCAUGGUAGAGAUCCCAAAGCCAUUUUACGGGACAGUAAUUGGGUUGCGCAGCAGCUACCGCUGGUAAAACGAGAGUGCGAGUUCUUGCAGCUGUAA